AUCUAAAAUAUGGAAGACAGUGCAGAAGAAGGAGGGUUCAAGAAGCCGUCUUUCUUGAAGAAGAAUCUUCAACUCGACUGUAUCAGCAGCGAUAUGAGCAUGUCUGCUUCAGCUUCAUACGAAGUCACUGGAAAAGCAGUGAAACUGAAGGGAGCUGGUAUUAAAAUUAUGAACAAUGGCAUAGUAAAUGAAGUCACUGGAGAGAAUUAUGGGUCUAUCAACUCUGAAGAAAUACUAUUUAAGGAACAAAUAGGCUAUGGGUCUGGCGGAUGUGUCCAUCUGGCUAUUCACGAGCCUAGCGGAACUCAGCUAGCUAUCAAAAGUCUGAAUGUUUAUGAUAAAGACAAGCGCCAUCAGCUUCUGAACGAAUUGAGCAGUCUUAAUGAUGGAAUGCAAUGCGACGAUCUUGUUCAGUUCUACGGAUCAUAUUAUCAUGAUGGAAGAGUCCGGCUUGUACUUGAAUAUAUGAACUGCGGCAGUCUUAGAAGUUUCAUGGAUACAAUUAAGAAUCAAUUUCCCGACCAGGUACCUUUGAUGCCUGAAUAUGUAAUCUGAAGGUGAACCUACCAAAUACUUAAGGCACUGAAUUUCUUACAUAAGAAAAGACAUCAAAUCCAUAGAGAUAUGAAGCCGGAAAACAUUCUCGUUAAUUGUCUCGGUGAGUUCAAACUGACUGAUUUUGGUAUAAGCAAGCAGCUGUAUAAUACUCUCAAUAUUUGUAAGAGUUUUGUUGGGACUCUUGCUUAUAUGUCACCUGAAAGAAUGAACAGUGAGUCUUACUCCUACCCCAGUGAUAUAUGGAGCUUAGGAUUAAUUAUCUAUGAGAUGGGCAUGGGACAGUUCUCAUACCCUCAAUGUAAGACAUUUAUUGAAAUGAGAGAGGUUGUCUUAAACACAGACCCUCCUACUUUUCCAGAUUACUGUGGCUUUAGCGAGAAUAUGCAUGAUUUUUUAAAACAGUGACUCCAGAUAGACCCCCAAGAACGUGCUAAAGCGAGUGAAUUAUUAGAUCAUCCAUGGAUUCAGGAGAAUCUUAUGGUAGAAUCAGAGGUGAUUCAGUGGGUUCAAGAGAUUUCAGAGCUUAAGGAACAGAUUAGUAAUGAUAACAGAGUAGGAAAAGAGGAUAUUGCUAUGCUUGGGCUUCAAGAUUUUAUAGGUUUGAAAGAGUAA